AGAGUUGAGGCAGCCCAGGCGAAAGAAAUUUGAGGUGAGAAAUCAGCAUCACUGCUCUGCUUCCAGCCCCUGUUCCUCUUCUCUGUCCCAGGAAGAAGCUCCUCUCCUGUCUGUCCCGUCCAAGAUGGGGCUGCUCAGCAUCAUCAGGAAGAUCAAGCGCAAGGAGAAGGAAAUGCGCAUCCUCAUGGUGGGACUGGACAACUCGGGGAAGACGACAAUCGUGCUCAAGAUCAAUGGGGAUGAUACGAGCGUCAUCAGCCCGACCCUCGGUUUCAACAUCAAGACCAUCAAGUACCACAAAUACUCUUUGAACAUAUGGGAUGUUGGAGGACAGAAGACUAUCCGGUCUUAUUGGAGGAAUUAUUUUGAGCAGACUGAUGGGCUAGUUUGGGUGGUUGAUAGUUCAGACAUACGGAGGCUUGACGAUUGCCGUUCUGAACUCCACAAUCUCUUGAAAGAAGAGAGACUAGCUGGAGCUUCAUUGCUGGUUUUUGCAAAUAAGCAAGACAUACAAGGAGCUCAAAAACCUGCUGAAAUUGCUAAGGUUCUCAAUUUAGAAGCGAUGGACAGAAGCAGGCACUGGCGGAUCGUAGGCUGCAGCGCUUACACUGGCGAGGGGCUUCUCGAGGGGUUGGACUGGCUGGUCCAGGACAUCGCUUCUCGCAUCUUCGUCCUAGACUGAUUUGUGUAUCUGAUGCUAGUUUGGUCAUGCCGUCUAGCAUCAUGGGAAUGUAAAAGUUUAGCUGGUGUCGAGUUUGCCAUGCUGUUUAUCACGAUCAGAAUGUUAAAGAAGUUAAGCUGGCGUUUUGCUUUCCGCUCG